AUAUUCGGUUAUAAGUAAGCGCGAAAAUGAUUCGUUUAAUUUAUUUUCAUACAACUAAAAUAAUUUUAUAAAAAACCGAAAAAUACAUAUAAUAUGUACAUAUGUAUAUAUUAAAAAAAUUAUAUUAAAGUGUGUGUAAAAAAUUAAUUAAUUUAAUAUAAAUUAAGAAGUGUUUAUAAUAUUUAUUUCAUGUGUAGAAAAAAGCGCAGAAUAUCUAUAAAAAUAAAUUUUAAAUAAUUUUAAUGAAUAGCCAAAAUAUUGGUGUUUCUUAAGAAACUAUGAUUAAUUCUAAUUUAAAUUCAGUUGCUGGAAAUGUAAGAUCAUAUGAUUUAGGAAAUCAACCGUUUAAACAUGAUGUAGGACGUGGUAAAUGGGAUACAAUAUGGGAUUUUUAUGCUGUUGCCUUAAGUCAUUGUUUAGGCUUCCGUCAUUUAACAUUAUUUUUUUUAAUAUCUAAAAGUAAUGUAGUUGGAAUAUUCUUGUCCUAUCUAUUAGGCUUAUUUAUAUUAGUUUUGCCAUUAUAUUAUAUGCAAAUGUUUUUGGGUCAAUUUUCUAGUAGUGGCCUAAUAUCAGCAUUUCGGAUAGCACCACUUUUUAAAGUAAUUGGAUAUGUUUCAUUAUUUUUAAAUAUUAUGACAUGUACUUAUUUAAUGGUUAGUGCUGCGUUUCCACUUAGCAUUGUUUUUGAUUCAAUACAAUCGGAAUUGCCAUGGACACAUUGCAAUAACUCUUACAAUACACAUAAGUGCUCGCUGCAAGUUAAUGACACUAAUGAUAUAGAGACUACGUUUCCAAUUGAUGAAUAUUUUGACCACAUUACAGGCAGAACAAUUAGUAAUGGUUAUGACGGACCAUUCUUAUGGCGUAUAAUAUUAUGCACACUUCUCGUGUGGCUUUUGAUUGGAGGAAUUCUGUCCAAAGGAGCAGAGAUGUUUGGAAAAAUUUUUCGUUUUACAACAACAAUAAUGCUUUCAUGUUUUUUGUUAACGUUAAUUCGUAUGCUAUGCGUUGAAGAAAGUUGGACAGUAUUAAAAAACUUUAUAAUGCAUCUUCCUCAGCAGUAUUACAUGGAAAAUAUUUUAAAUUCACCGAUUUUAAUUAUUUCAGCAUUUGGUGCUGGUUGGGGCAACAUUCUUACAAUUGCCAGUUAUAAUAAUUUUAAAGAGAAUAUCGGGAAACUUUCUAUUGUAGCAUGCUCAUUGCAAAUGAUUAUAUUUUUAUUAACGAUUUUUCAAUAUGAAGCAGCCGACAGAUACUUAUACAAGCGUUAUCGCUACUUCUACUUAUUCUUUAAUUUUCAUGAUCCAAUUGCUUUUGUAGUCAUUACUUUUGCUUUAUAUUUUUCACAUUUUAAUUGGCCACAUUUAUGGACAUUUUUAUUUUUCAUGUCAAUAUUUUUAGCUCAAUUGUCAGAUGGAGUAAUUCAGGUAUUUACGAUUUUAACAGCAAUUUUUGAUGAAUAUGAAAGCACGAGAAUUUAUAAAAGAACAAUUCAAGGCACUUUUAUUGGAAUUUUUGGAAUAAUUUCAAUGCUUUUCUGCUCAAAUAAAGGUUUUUCUUCAUUGACUGCAUUAUACAUAACGGGUUGUUCAGAAAGAUUAAUAAUAAUUUUAUUCGAAUUGAUAAUUGUUUUGUGGAUAUACGGAAGAUUAAGAUUUCAAAGAGAUGUUAAAUUUAUGACAGGAAAAAUAUUUGAGAAUUGGAAAAUAUGGAUGAUGCGAUUUUUAACACCAAUAUUAAUUAUUUUCGCAUUAGGAAGAUAUUUGUAUCAUUUAACAUAUUUUUCGAGAUAUUUUAUUAUAACCGAUUAUUCAACUUUUAUAAUAAUUAAAGUAGUAGCAUUUACACUUUUUAUAUUCUGUUAUUUUAUAUACAAAAUUUAUUCAUCUACUGGCAAUAUUUUAAAUAGAAUUAAAAAACUUUGUCAACCAAAUGACUGGUAUCCUGUUGAUUUACCUGAGCAUCGAAUUUAUAAUAUUUAUUUUAGCGAUUCUGAUGUUAAUGGUUCGUUAAUAGUAGAAGAGGCUGAUAAGUGA